AUGCGCUCUAGCCGAAUUCGUUGGGGGAGUUUCGCACUUCUGGUGUUGCUUUUUUCUUUGCAGUCCAUCAGGAUAGUAUAUGGUGUGAGUUUAGAGACCGCGUUUUGUUCACUCAUACCUGGACUUACUAGUCGCCAAAGAGAGAUGUGCAGGACAUCACCGGAUGCCAUGGUAGCCGUUGGGGAUGGGAUACGAUUGGCAACCAAUGAAUGCCGAUAUCAAUUUAGACAUCACAGAUGGAAUUGUACGGGGAUCGAAAAUCCGUCGUCUUUUGGUCAUGUAGUCAUAGUGGGGGAUUAUAGAGACAGAAAGAAUCACUAUGAACAGAAACUAUCGCCAAAAAGACCAGAUUUCCAUCCAGGGUUAAAAACAUCAUCCGCAAACCCUUAG